AUGUCUGACAAGCUCACCCGUAUCGCCAUUGUCAACAGUGACAAGUGCAAGCCGAAGAAAUGUCGUCAAGAGUGCAAGAAGUCGUGCCCGGUCGUGCGCACAGGUAAACUGUGUAUCGAAGUCGACAGCUCCUCCAAAAUCGCCUUCAUCUCCGAGCGCCUCUGUAUCGGUUGCGGUAUCUGUCCUAAGAAGUGUCCCUUCGGUGCUAUCCACAUCAUCAACUUGCCCACCAACCUGGAGACUCAGGUCACCCACCGUUACUCGGCCAACAGCUUCAAACUCCACCGACUUCCUAUGCCCCGCCCUGGACAGGUACUUGGUCUUGUUGGAACAAACGGUAUCGGCAAGAGUACUGCAUUGAAGAUUCUCAGUGGCAAGCUGAAGCCCAACCUCGGCCGUUACGACAACCCGCCCGACUGGGAGGAGAUCCUGAAAUACUUCCGUGGUUCCGAGCUGCAGAACUACUUUACCAAGGUUCUGGAGGAUGACCUGAAAGCUGUUGUGAAGCCUCAGUAUGUCGACCAAAUUCCUCGCGCUGUCAAGGGUCCCGUCAAGCAGGUCAAGGACCUGAUCAAGGCCCGUGUUCAGUUGGACAACCUGGAAGAAAUCAUGGAUGUUCUCGAGUUGCACCAAGUUGCGGAUCGUGAGAUCGACCACCUGUCUGGUGGUGAGCUUCAGCGGUUCGCUAUCGGUCUUGUCUGCGUCCAGAAUGCCGACGUGUACAUGUUUGACGAGCCCUCUUCCUACCUUGAUGUCAAGCAGCGUCUGGCUGCUGCCCGUACCAUCCGUAGCCUGCUCCGCCCCGAUGACUACGUUAUCGUCGUCGAGCACGAUUUGUCAGUCCUUGAUUACCUCUCUGACUUCAUUUGUGUGCUCUACGGUCGCCCGGCUGUCUACGGUGUUGUGACCCUGCCUUCCUCGGUCCGUGAGGGUAUUAACAUCUUCUUGGAUGGUCACAUCCCCACCGAGAACUUGCGAUUCCGUGAGGAGUCUCUGACUUUCCGCCUCACUGAGGCUGGAGAUGAUUUCAUCGCUGACAAGGGCCGCGCCUUCUCUUACCCCGCCAUGGAGAAGACCCAGGGCAGCUUCCACCUCAGCAUCGAGCCUGGUCGCUUCACCGAUUCCGAGAUUCUCGUCAUGAUGGGUGAAAACGGAACUGGAAAGACCACUUUCUGUAAGAUGCUGGCUGGAGCCCUGCAGCCCGAUGGCAACACCAAGGUGCCCAAGAUGAACAUUAGCAUGAAGCCCCAGAAAAUUACCCCCAAGUUCCAGGGCACCGUUCGCCAGCUCUUCUUCAAGCGCAUCAAGUCUGCUUUCCUGUCGCCUCAGUUCCAGACCGAUGUCUAUAAGCCUCUGAAGAUCGAUGACUUUAUCGACCAGGAAGUGCAGAACCUGUCCGGUGGUGAAUUGCAGCGUGUCGCCAUUGUCCUUGCCCUGGGUAUGCCCGCCGAUCUGUACCUGAUUGAUGAGCCUUCUGCCUACCUCGACUCCGAGCAGCGUAUUAUUGCCGCUCGUGUCAUCAAGCGUUUCGUUAUGCACACCAAGAAGACCGCUUUCAUCGUCGAGCACGAUUUCAUCAUGGCUACCUACCUGGCUGAUCGUGUCAUUGUCUUCGACGGUAAGCCCUCCGUCGAUGCUCGUGCCAAGUCCCCCGAGUCCCUGGUCACUGGUUGCAACCGCUUCCUUGAAAGCCUGGACGUGACCUUCCGCCGUGACCCCAACAGCUACCGCCCGCGUAUCAACAAGUACAACAGUCAGAUGGACCAGGAGCAAAAGUUGGCAGGCAACUACUACUUCUUGGAGGAAGAGAACUGA